AUGGAAAACGACUUGAAGGAAGAACUGAAUAGAAGAAUGAGAGCAGCAUGGGCAGCAUUCGCAGCCGUCAGGGAAGCUACGGACCAACUGACGGACCAUGAUCUUCGUGCCCAUCUGUUCAACUCGACAGUCCUUCCAUCGCUCUGUUACGCAGCGGAGACAGCCCUUGAGAGAUGUCUCCUGAAGUUUAACCGGCGCACACAACACCUUGCCGGUCUUCGUAGCUCCGACUUAAGAAGAAUGUCCCGUCUUCGCGACCCAGCGGAAUAUGUAUCGAAAGCAAAACAUGGAUGGGCUGGUCACAUCAUGAGAAGAAUCGACGAUAGAUGA